AUGGACUUUGUUACGGUCUGUGAUAGACCAUUCUAUGGAAUUAUGUGUGCUCGCCAAUGUUUCGAAAAGCAUGGCGCUAACUAUAUUUGCGACCCACGCGGAGAAAAAGUGUGCUUGGUUGGAUGGACAGGAAAAGACUGCGAUAUGGCCAUAACAGACGUCCCUCUUGGCAAGUCACCAGAUCUUAGCUCGUCUACACCACUACCGGCUUCCACAAGUACU